CCUUGCGGCAGCGCCCGGGGCCCGCCGUGCCGGUGCCGCCCGGGACGCCCUGAGGGCCAGGGCCGGGAGCAGCCACGAGCCCUGGGCGGUUGCGGAGAGGCCGCCCCAUUCUGUCCGCGGCUGCUCGGGCUGGUUCUCCCUUUGUUACUCACAUCAGACCCGGGAUGGCUUUUGCCAGUCUGAAAUAACGGUUUAUUGUUCUCGCAUCCACAGCUGUGAUCACAAGCAAGCGAUAAUAGCGAGAUUUGCUCUCGAGCCGAUGAGAUGGUACCAAGCAAGACAGUGGUGUCUGAUGAUGCGUUUGCAUUCACCAGCCAGCGAUACAGGAAUGAAGCUAAAGCUUUACAAACACAGCUCCAGUUUAAUAGAAAUGUUCCUGCAGUUCCAGAGAACUUGGCUCUCAGAUUCUCUCAUCCCCGUCCAAUUAUAAUAGAAAAACUGAAGGCAUCCAGUGAUAAGAGAAAUCUCGUUGGAAGUGAGGACCUCAGCCUGAGAAGCUCUGGGAUGUUCUCAGUGGUGUCUGAAGAGAGACUUAAAUUGGCUGUUCAGCUGGCAAAAAGGGACAUCAAACAAAGACGUCUCGAAGAACAAGUAGAACAGCAGCUCUGCUUCCCUUGGACAAAAGCUGCCAGCUCAUGGGAGGUGUUUUCCCUCCAUCUCCACCCGGGAAAAACCCUUCCUCAGGCCUCAGCCUCCCAUUCCUGGGCGCACAUGGGCUGCUCAGCCGUGCUCAGCAAAUGCCCAGGCCCCACUGGUUCCCCAGUGGCCCUUGGAGCGUUUGGGGUACCCAAGUACGUUCCAGGAGAAAUCUCCAACCUGCGUUAGCCAGCACUGCCUUUCCUCCCUGGGGGUACUUUGCUGUGAUUGUGAUGGACUGACAGCACAGAGGCCCCAGGAACAGCACGUCCUGUCUCCUCCUGGACCUCAGCAAUACAUUUUUAAAUAGGUAACUUCAGAAGAUAUAUAAAUUAGAGAGAAAAAUUAACAGAACUUCAUGUUUUCAAUGCCAAGAAGUUUUAAGACUUUCUGAAGGAAGGUUGAGCGUUUGUGUACCUGCUGCUACAACUGAUCCCUUAUAGCUCUACAAUGCAAGUAGUGUCUUGGAUGUGACAGACCCUACCCACUGUGGAACAAUGGGAUACAGGAGAUGCAGAAAAUAUUAACUAACCUUCUUAGUCCGUCAAGUAGGGGCACUAAUAAUAAUUCUUUCACUUUGCAGGAGUAUCAGAAAGAAUCAUUCACUAGUUUUUGCACAAUGUAUCAUAAUGUCAUAGACAACAGCUGCCACAGAUGUUUCUCAGAAAUUGGUGUGGUUCACUUCCCAUCUAAACAAGCCCCUUCUGUCCCCCCUUUUUCUCUGGGAAAAAUGAAAGCAGAAGAAAAAGGAAGUGCAGUAAGCCAUUAUUUAGAUCUGGGAAUAAUGAAUGUUUAUCAGGAUUUUGUAACACAAAUUAUGUAAUGAAGCAGAGAAAAGGCUUUUGAACAAAUAUGUUAAUGAGAUGGCAGCUAAGGGGGAGGUUACAGAGCUGCCAAUUCUGAUACAAAUUUUUAAUGUGAUUUUCUUUUGGAUCAUUUUCUUUUGCGGUCAUUAGCCUGCACAGCAUUUGAAUGGGCUUUAGGGCACAAACUAUGUGGGAAACACCAAUUCUAGCUCAAGAAAGACUGAUCAGCAACAUAUACUGACUGAGAAAAUCCCACUGACUCAAAAUUCAGAAUGAGGGCUUUUAUGUAGAACAUUGUUGGGCACGGGGAUUGUGCCGACAGGACUGUUCAUUCAGAGUCUUGAGAGCUUUUCCUGGAAAAAUAUCAGAUGCUCCACUGGGAACUUAGUUGAAAGCUACUCCUGAAGCAGGACAGUGGGCUGGCAGUAACUGGGAAGGACCGACUGGAGGGAAAAUGGAGAGCAAUGAAGGAGUGAAUGCUGGUAAUAACUCUUUCUAUUUAAAUUCUGCGUAAACCUUCCAGUGCAUAACAUUACCGUACAGGACCUCUUCUAGGCACCUUUUGAAGGCAAGAAUCAGAUAGAGGAACCAUUUUUUCAUUGGAGACAGGCCACAGGAAUUCAAGUUUUGGCCAAUUCCCCACUUUCUGCUAGACUUUGCACUGGUGUGAAGUGUGUUUCCUCUGUGUUGAGCAUGGCCCCAACGUGCCUGCAGUCCCUGCUGAGGUACCGCUCCUUCGCCAUCCUCUUCCUCACGCCGCUGCUGCUGCUGCCGCUGCCGUUCGUCGUGCCCACGAAGGAGGCCAGAUGUGCAUAUAUCAUCAUUAUCAUGGCUGUGUACUGGUGCACUGAAGUGAUCCCCCUGUCUGUCACCUCCCUCAUGCCAGUGGUGUUUUUCCCUCUGCUUGGAGUUCAGACCUCUAAAAAAGUGUGCUUGCAGUACCUAAAUAGCACAAACAUGCUCUUCUUUGGAGGGCUGAUUGUCGCAAUUUCUUUUCAGCAGUGGAAUCUUCACAAAAGGAUUGCACUGAGGGUCCUUCUGAUUCUUGGGGUGAAACCUGCACUCCUGAUGCUGGGAUUUAUGUUAGUCACUGCCUUCUUGUCAAUGUGGAUAAGCAACACAGCCACCACUGCCAUGAUGGUUCCCAUUGUCCAAGCUGUCCUGGAUGAAUUGGACAUCACAGAGCAUGAGUUGACCACGGUGGAACCAGCAACUGGGCAAACAAAUACAGCGAUUGAGCUGGAGGAAAAGAGCAAAUCAGGGUCCACUGCAGUGAGUGGUGUAAGCAAUGAACAAGUCACUGAUGACCCCAAAUCUUCUGAGGAAACUAAAAGGCGGAAGCAUAUAUGCAAGGGAAUGACACUUUGUGUAUGCUAUGCUGCCAGCAUUGGAGGAACUGCAACACUUACCGGAACAGGACCAAAUAUGGUACUGAAAGGCCAGAUGAAUCAGUUAUACCCUGACAGUAAUGAUAUUGUGGACUUUGCUUCCUGGUUUGGAUUUUCAUUCCCAAACAUGGUCCUGAUGUUGGCACUAGCUUGGCUUUGGUUACAGUGGUCCUUCAUGGGACUCAACAUAAAAAAAAACUGGGGCUGCGGGACACAGAAAACUGACAAAGAAAAAGCUGCAUACAGUGUGCUGAAGGCAGAAAUGAAGAAGCUAGGCCCUAUGUCUUAUGCUGAAAUAAAUGUCCUCCUUUUGUUUAUAUUGCUGGUGCUCUUGUGGUUUUCCAGAAACCCAGGCUUUAUAAAAGGCUGGGCUAGCAUACUCUUCAAAGGAGGAGAAAAGUAUAUCACUGAUUCUGUUCCUGCUAUGUUUGUUGCCCUGUUACUGUUUGUCCUUCCUGCUCAUAAGCCCAAAUGCAUAGGCUGGAAUACAAGCACGUCUGACUCUGAACAGACUGAAGAAGAUAAGAAAAAGCAAUUUUUUUCACCCCCGCUGCUAGAAUGGAAUGUGGUUCAAAGGAAGAUGCCCUGGAACAUUGUGCUGCUGCUGGGAGGAGGUUUUGCUUUGGCUGAUGCAAGUGCAAACUCUGGGCUCUCAGCUUGGAUGGGUCGUCAGAUGACACCACUGGGAUCGAUCCCACCAUGGGCCAUUGCAUCAGUGAUCUCCUUCAUUACCGCUGUCUUCACUGAAUGCACCAGUAACGUGGCCACAGCUACUCUCUUCCUGCCUGUCUUUUCAUCCCUGGCUGAAUCUAUCAGGAUCCACCCUUUGUAUGUUAUGCUGCCUGGUACUCUCAGUGCUUCAUUUGCCUUCAUGCUACCUGUUGCAACACCACCAAAUGCAAUAGUGUUUUCUUACGGCCACAUCCGUGUUUUGGAUAUGGUUAAAUCUGGACUAGUGUUGAACAUCAUUGGAGUCUGCUGUGUCUCACUGGCCAUCAACACGUGGGGAAGGCCUAUGUUUCAGCUGGACACAUUCCCAGCCUGGGCAAACAGCACAAGAAAUCAGUGAGCUGUGAAGAAUUCGUGUGUUGAACUAGGAAAGUACCCUCAGUACUCCCUGUUGCCUACAGUCCUGUAUAAAGUCUCAUCACCACUUCAGAUCCAGUGUUGGGUGUUUGCUGCCUUCCAGCAGUCACACAUCAGUUCAAGUUUGAACCAACCCAAUCUUACUCCAGUUGUGCUGGAGCCAAAAGUGCUUGCAAUUAUACAACCUCUCUGUCAGGAUCAUAAGUAUGUUCAAGUGAUCCAUUGUACCUCCAAUCAAGGUCAAGGAUUAGGAUUUAUCAAACUUUCAAUAAAGAGAGAGGAGACUGUUGUAUCAAGUGGUUUGAACUAUUAUAUCACUGGUAUGUACUUGUAUAUCAUUAGCAUUGAAUAUUGCACUCA